AGGACGUUCAACAAUGCUGCCAUCCAUUGCAAUUGACAUUUCAGCUGGUGAGUCUGUCAUCCCAGUGGCUCUGAAAAAGUACGUUCUGCACUCCUCCAUCCACCAUGUCGUCGACAUUGAUCGUAGGUGCAACACGUGGCCUGGGAAAGGAGCUGGCAUUAUAUUACGCCGACAACCUUUCCCACAAUGUAUAUGCCACCUCUAGGUCGUCCAAUCCCCCUCCAGGCUUCGGCGGUGAUAAUGUCACCUGGAUCCCAAACAUCGACCUGUCGAAGCCCAGCUGUGGCCUGGAUCUGGCUUCUUCACUCAAAGGCAAGAUCAUCAAUACUUGCAUAAUAACUGCCGGAUAUUUUGCGACAGAAGACUUUGGCCACGCAGAUUGGGAAAAGGAAGUAAAGAUGUACACCCUCUCUUCUGUCGCGCCAGUGUUUGUGGUGCAAGAACUGGUAAAAUCCUCCAUAUUGACAAAAGGAGGCAAAGUGGUUCUGGUCUCUUCGGAAUCGGGCUCCAUCACCCUGAGACACGAACAAGAGGGCGGAGGUAAUUUCGGUCACCAUGGCUCAAAAGCGGCUUUGAAUAUGAUCGCCAAGCAGUUGUCUUUCGAUCUGAAAACUCGAGGCAUAGCUGUAGUAUCCGUCCAUCCCAGUUUCAUGAGGACUGAAAUGACCAAAGGUGUUGGUUUCGACAAAUUCUGGGAUGCCGGUGGCGCCUUGGACCCCAAAGAUGCUGCCCGUAUUUUGGCCGAGUGGAUCGAGAAAGAUUUCUCUCUAGAGAUAACCGGCUCCUACUGGGCACCAAGGGGGACCAGCGACAUUGGGAACUGGGACGUCGUGAUGGGCGAAGAGACUGCAAAGGAAGGUCCUGUUCAGCUACCAUGGUGAGACAGUGCAAGAUGGUCUUUCAUCCUUUGUGAAUCCAACACAGCUAGAUUCGUACAGAUUAGGGAGUACCAAAUGCUCCCAGUGGUAUGAGUAGACCAGAAAUCCGAGCCAGUUGUCCAGAUCGUGGUAAAUCAUCGCUUCGUUAUCGCUGGAGUCGAACAAUCGCAAUCG